CGACGACGUGUCAAACGUCAAUUUGACGUUUCAUGUUCUCAUUCUUGCCUGCUACUUUUAUUUACUUUUCUUGAUGAAAACUAUGGGAAAAUCUACUGUUUAAUUAAUAACUAGUUCUAAUAACUUAAGGAAAUCAGCUGCCUUUAUAGACAGUGUGGUAUUUCUAUUAAAUGCUCAGUAGAUAGUGGUUAAAAUGUCGACUUUACGCGAACGGCAGCUUAAUGCCUUGAAGCAAAUGCUGAAUUUGAACCAACCACUGACGAAGAGCUCAGCCAAUGAACCGAUGUGGAAGAUAUUAAUUUACGACAGGGUCGGUCAAGAUAUUAUUUCUCCCCUCAUAUCUGUGAAAGAAUUGCGUGAACUGGGUGUUACGUUGCACGUACAACUGCACUCAGACCGAGACCCAAUACCGGAAGUCCCGGCCGUUUACUUCUGUGCCCCUACAGAGGAGAACUUGGGCAGGAUAUGCCAGGACUUAGACAAUGGAGUCUACGACCAGUAUCACUUGAACUUCAUAUCACCUAUCUCAAGGCAGAAACUGGAAGACCUGGCUGCGUCGGCCAUACAGUCCAACUCUGUGGUCAAUAUACACAAGGUGUACGACCAGUAUUUGAAUUUCAUCUGUGUUGAAGAGGACUUGUUUAUUAUGAAACAUCAACAGUCGGAUUCGUUAUCAUAUUAUGCAAUAAACAAAGGUGAUACAAAAGACACUGAGAUGGAAGCCAUUAUGGACAACAUUGUUGAAAGUCUAUUCUCAGUAUUUGUAACAUUAGGUAACGUCCCAAUAAUAAGAAGUACCAAAGGUAAUGCAGCAGAAAUGGUGGCAAAAAAACUGGACAAGAAAUUGCGGGAGAACUUGUGGGACGCGAGGAACAACCUGUUCCACGGCAACACAGGACAGCUGGGGUCAUUCAGCUUCACGCGGCCAAUGCUGCUGAUUCUUGACCGGAACAUCGACAUGGCGACACCGCUGCACCACACAUGGACAUACCAGGCUUUAGCGCACGAUGUUCUGGAUCUUUCGCUGAACAGGGUGACAGUGCCCGAAGGAGGUGCGCCGUCUCUCCCAGACGCUAAGCCGAAGACCCGCGUGUGCGACCUCGACCCCCGCGACCCGCUGUGGACCGAGCACAAGGGCAGCCCCUUCCCGACCGUGGCCGAGGCUAUACAGGAGGAUCUGGAUAAAUAUAGGAGCUCAGAAGCGGAAGUGAAGCGGCUGAAAACCUCAAUGGGUCUGGACACGGACAGCGCUCUAGCGCUGAGUCUGGUCAGCGACAACACGCAACGACUCACUAGUGCCGUGAACUCGCUGCCUCAACUCAUGGAGAAGAAACGACUUAUCGACAUGCAUACUACUAUUGCUACUGCCAUCCUCAACGCAAUAAAAUCAAGACGGCUGGACUCGUUUUUCGAACUGGAAGAGAAGAUUAUGAGCAAAAGCAGUGCCAUAGAAAGCAAAGCGGUUCUGGACCUCAUUUCUGACCCGAACGCCGGUACUCCAGAAGAUAAGAUGCGACUCUUUGUAAUAUAUUAUCUGUGUACUACGGAGGUGACUGAACAGGAAUUUGAGAAGUUUGAAGCGGCUUUGAAGAGCGCUAAUUGUGAUGUCAACCCGAUGGCUUAUAUGAGGCGGUGGAAAGGCUUCACAAAGAUGUCGAGCGACUACUCGGGCGGCGGCACGAAGACCGUCUCCAUGUUCUCCAAGCUGGUGUCGCAGGGGUCCUCGUUCGUCAUGGAGGGCGUCAAGAACUUGGUCGUUAAGAAACACAAGCUGCCAAUCAGUCGCGCGGUGGAGUCAGCGUUCGGCGCGGGCGAGGGCGGCGCCGACCUCACGUGGCUGGACCCUCGCGCUGCCAGGUCGAGCCGCACGGAGUCGGCGCGCCGGCAGCCGCCGACCGACGCGGUGGUGUUCGUGGUGGGCGGCGGCAACUACAUCGAGUACCACAACCUGCUCGACUUCGCUAAGCAACAAGCCACCAGCGGCACAUCUAGAAAGAUAAUCUACGGCGCAACGACGCUGCCCAACGCGUCGCAGUUCUUGAAGCAACUGUCGCUCCUCGGAGAAGAAAUGCAGUGAACAUUCCCACUUCACUUAUUAAUACUGUAUUAUAUGAGAAAAUCUAUUAUUUAAAUAUUAUUAUUAAAUGGUAAAUGUAUACACGGUGA